GUUUGGGAACAGUCAUGUCCUGAGUAGUCGUCGUUGGAAUUUUAUGUGUGUUGCAACGUCGCUGGUCUAUGUGAAAAGUGCUUAUAGAAUUUAGACAGGAAAAUUGUCCUGAAUUUUACAGUUCUGACAAAUUGUGCAACGAAUUCCAUUGAAUUUGUCGUAUUUAUCGGUAGAUUUUUCAAUGAAUACUUUCCGUGUAUUCGGUGGAAAUGGAAUAAUUGCAGCAAAAACAUUUUUCUUUAUAUUUAACAAAGUUUAAUGUGAAAAAGAAAAAAAAAGUUCAUCACAAAGCUACAUAAGCUCUAAGCCUCCGUGCGGCUGUACCUGUCUCGAACUGUGCUAUUUAAGUGUAUUGGUGAAAUUGUGCUAUAUGAAAGUAGAACAGAAUCUUAAAGUGUUAACAUUUUAACGUUUCGAGGAUUCGGCUGCUCCAGAACGCACGGGACAGUUUGUCAACCGUAUUAUAUACAUACACACAAAAUCAGAAUACAAACAGAUUUUUUUCUCGUCAUUUUGUAUUGUGAGGAAAAGCCUGCUCGAAAGCUAAAAGGAAUAUCAGUUUGACCUAUUCUCCACCACUUCAGCAAUGGCUAGAGAAUAGAAUUGGCUUGAACAUCACAUGAAAAUUGUAUUUUCUUAACGCACUGACAUCGUUAAAUGUUCCAAAGGAAAUACGGUAAUGAUUUUCAAUUCGUGAGGCGUACUCAAUCAGAACCGUUUAAGUGUAAGUCAUGACCGGACGUGAGGAUCUACAAUGCACCUGGGGCUGACUAGAUGAAGACAUUUCUGGAAUCUUGAAUGUAUUGGAUGUACAAGUUUCGGAAUGUUACAAAUAAUGCCACCUAUGAUCUCACACCAAUUCAGGCUGGAUUCACGUCAGACUUUCAAAUGAAACAUAUUGAGGAUUUUACCAAGCCCGUUCUAAUACUAGUUUUGGCCGUAGCAAUAGUAUUCUCAAAUGUGCUUAUUAUAGCGACAAUUGUUAAUUUCCGAGUUGGCCCCACGGAAAUUAUCAACCAUUAUUUAUUAUCGCUAGCCGUAGCUGAUUUAUUAUGCGGUUUACUCAUAGUUCCUCUGUCGGUAUAUCCCACAAUAACAGGAGAUUGGGAGUACGGCGAUUUUGCGUGUCGUUGUGUGGGUUACCUGGAAGUUACCCUGUGGUCAGUUUCCGUUUACACGUUUAUGUGGAUAUCUGUCGAUAGAUACUUGGCUGUUAGGAAACCUCUGCGAUAUGAAACUGUUCAAACGAAAACUAGGUGCCAAUGCUGGAUGGCAUUCACAUGGAUAUCAUCCGCGUUACUUUGUUGUCCACCAUUAUUGGGCUACAGCGAUCCGAUUUUCGAUAACAAAGCCUUUAUCUGUAAACUAGAUUGGGGAAAUAUGGCUGCAUACAGUGCAACGCUUGCCAUUUUAGUACUCGGUCCCAGCGUUAUAUCGAUAGUUUACAAUUACGGUUACAUAUUCAUCAUGAUGCGAAGACUGAAAUCGGGUGAACCUAUACACGACAAAGAAUAUGCAACAGCGUUGGCCGAAAAUCUGGCCAAUCCCAGCCAUGCCAUGUCAUUCGCAUUGGUGGCAAUGUUCUGGGUGUCGUGGUGUCCAUUCAUUUCGGUACGAGUAUACGAACUAUUUUUAGGCGAUAUCGAUAUGCCAAUUUUAGAUUUUAGUAUUGUUUGGCUGGGUGUAUUGAAUUCGUUCUGGAAAGUGCUCAUCAUUACGGCGAUGUCGCCACAGUUUCGAUUGGCUUUGAGAGUGUUUUGUCUGACCAUAUUUUGCAAAACAAAGGGACGAAUGCAGGCCGAAUUGAUUGGAUUAGAUCCGGAUGAUUGAAUGUGUCAAAAUUUUCGAAUCCACAAUUACGUUGAUUUUUUGAGCAUUUGCAUUGUGGGAUAUUUUUGUGGCAGGCGCUUUUGGCGUUUCCUUUUUUUUCGUGAUUAGUAACUCAACCUCAACGGACUGCCAUUUAUGUAUUUAAUUUGCCAUAAAAAUCUCAAUUGCCAAAUGUUCAGAACUAUUGAUUCGGCUUUCAUUUGUUUCAUCAGUCAGCUACUUAUAUGUUGAAUUUGGUCGUGUCCUCACAGACGGAAUUGGAAAUUUUCAUUAAUUUUCAAUUAUUAUUUUCAUUUCCGUAACGUUCUGGCUACGGAUCAUAUAUAGGUUCGUGACCGUUGUUAUGCAAAAAGAUGCUCAGUUUUGUAAAUAUUAUUAGAAAUGUGCAUUCAAACAAGAAUGAAAUGAAAAAGAAAAAGAUUCUUAAAAUAUGGAACAUCUUAUCACUUCGUUUUCCCAUACAUCAAAGAAACCAUUACCAAGCAACGCUAUGAUACGGCUAUUUAUGCUUCUAGAACUAUAUCUCGCAUCGAGUUGGACGUAGGGUUCAUAUAAACACACAUUUGGCCUAGUUAAUAAGUUUACUCAAAUAAGUUUAAAUUAUGAAGAAACAAAACGAGCCGCCCUCGUACUGACAGCUAAGAUAUUUUAGGAUAAGAAAAGUCGGUUUGAGAUUUGAUAUCGCUACAUGUUUUGUGUCGGAAAAUCAUCCGACGCAUUUUCCAUCUUAACAGAUUUUCCAACACACAAAAAAAGUUCACCGAAACCAAAUCUGAAACCGAGGUUUCUGUUGUUCUAUUGUCUCUAUCUUCACUGGAAAUAACAAAUUAUUCCAUUUAUUUACUUGUAAUUUUGUAUAAUAUGCAUGCAAGCAUUCCACGCACACAAUCAUUCGUUCUUGCAUUUUCCUUUAUCCAUUUUCCAAAUUUGUGCAACUGUGAAAAUGGAUUUAAAGGAGUCUGUAUAAGCAAAGCAUACCAUUGUAUGUGUGGUUUCUACACGCAUGUAUUAUAGAAUGUCACUUACAACUGACUGGAACAAAUCGGUUGUCAUUUCCAGUGUUUGAAGCUAAAGCAAUGAUCUUAUUAGUAUAAAUACGAAGACAGUGACGUUUUGAGUAUUUGUGCAAUUUCAUCUUAUUUACGUACAUUUACUGAUUAAAAUCAAUGGGUGGUUAUGAUAAUCGUAUCGCCUACGCAGCUGUUUUUUUGAGAUACGUUAAAUCGAGCACAAAUUUUACAAAAACAGUGAACCCUAAAGAAAUCUGAAAGUUCGGCAAAAGUUAAUUAGAUGAGUUGCUUUAUAAAUUGAACCAUGAGCUUAAAUUAAUAGUGUUGUGCUUGCUAUUGAGCGCAAAGAAUCAAAUUAAAUUGGAAAAGCUGUUUAAAGCUUUACCACCCACGUUUGUCAGUCAACAUUUUCUACUUUAAAUGGUUAUCUGUUUCAAUAUGAUGGUUCGGUUCGAAAACUAGGAGCCAAGCAAAGGUUUGUAGUCAUUGUAUUUGGAGUGAGAAUUCAUAUUACAGAUAAAGAUGUUCCAUUA